AUGGACGACCCCAUGGACGACAUCGACAGACAGGAGGAGUCCGAAGAGGAAGCAUACGACGAAAACGCCGACGAAGACUUCAACCCGGAAGCCGCAGAGGUCGAGGCCGAGCAGUCGUCCUCAGACGAAGAACCCGAAGAGAAAGACACAACGAAGAAGGGCAAGAGACCGAAGAAGCGAAAAGCAGACGCAGAUGGCGAAGUCUUGAAUGCAGAACUCGACUCGGGCGACGAAGCGACGAUCCAAGAGCGGAAACGCAAGAAACGGCGGAAAGAAGAGGAAGACGCCGCAGCCGCGCGAGAUGAAGACAGCGGUGGCGAGGGAGGGUUCAUUCGGACUCGCGCACAGCGGAUCGUGGAAAAGGAAGAGCGGAAGAACCGUAAACGUGCGCGAGACGGGCAGGUCACCAUCAACGUGGAGCAAGUGUGGAAAGACCUCAGCAGCGCACCCAUAGGACGCGCGACGAUCGCUGCACCACCACCAGAGACCACGGAUGUCGACGAAGACGCAGACGGCAACAAAGAGAACGUACAAGACGAGGGUGAUCCCAACGAACUCAUAACCAUCAAACGCCGAAUAGAAUUCGCGGGCGAAAUCACAGAGGUCGAGGAGAAACACCCCCGUGGCUCGAAAGAAGCCCAAAAAUACCUCGCCGAGCACCCCGAAGCGGAUCCCAAACAUCCCAAACACACCGCGAAUCUCGACCCGUCUGGACUGCAAAGACCGCUCAAGAGACCUUCGAUUUUCGAACCAAACCCAGCGGGGAAUGUGAAGGGCGUGGCGCCGGAGAAGUUGCGACGACAUGCGCCUACGAAGACCGAGGGGCUCAUGUCGCAGAAGUUGGCGGAGAUGAAGAAGAAUGCGCAGAAGAUGAGUACAGUGCAGAAGAGUCAGUUGGAUUGGAAGGGCUUUGUGGAUAAGGAGGGUCUGAGGGAUGAGUUGGAUGAGUAUGGGAAGAGUAAGAGGGGCUUUUUGGCGAGGGAGGCGUUCUUGGAUCGUGCGGCGGGGGCUAGGGAGCAGGCUGCGAGGGAUGCGAGGUCGAGGUUGUAA